GUCGAGGCUCAGGCGGCCGGCGCUGCGCUUGCGCUGCUCUGGUCAGAUGGCGGCACCCCUGCUCCACACGCGCUUGCUCGGAGAUGUGGCGCCUGCGACCUCUGCCACGCUGGGCACGUCCGGGACUGGGCUUUCGGAUAUGCUUGCAUUAGAGAGUGAUUUCUUCAAUUCUCCCCCAAGAAAAACUGUUCGGUUUGGUGGAACUGUGACAGAAGUCUUACUGAAAUACAAAAAGGGUGAGACAAAUGACUUAGAGUUGUUGAAGAACCAGCUCUCAGACCCUGACAUAAAGGAUGACCAGAUCAUUAACUGGCUGCUGGAAUUUCGCUCUUCUGUCAUGUACUUGACAAAAGACUUUGAGCAACUUAUAAACAUUAUAUUGAGAUUGCCUUGGUUGAAGAGAAGUCAGACAGUGGUGGAGGAGUAUUUGGCUUUUCUUGGUAAUCUUGUGUCGGCACAGACUGUCUUCCUUAGACCAUGCCUCAGUAUGAUUGCUUCUCAUUUUGUGCCUCCCCGAGUGAUCAUUAAAGAAGGUGGUGUAGAUGUUUCAGAUUCUGAUGACGAAGAUGACAAUCUUCCUUCAAUUUUUGACACAUGCCAUAGAGCCUUGCAAAUAAUAACAAGAUAUGUCCCAUCGACACCAUGGUUUCUAAUGCCGAUAUUGGUAGACAAAUUUCCAUUUGUGAGAAAAUCAGAGAGAACAUUGGAAUGCUAUGUUCAUAACUUACUAAGGAUAAGUGUGUAUUUUCCAACUUUGAGGCAUGAAAUUCUGGAGCUUAUUAUUGAAAAGUUACUCAAGUUAGAUGUGAGUGUAUCCCGCCAGGAUAUUGAAGAUGCUGAAGAGGCAGCAGCUCAGACUUGUGGGACAGAUACCACAGAAGGAUUGUUUAAUAUGGAUGAAGAUGAGGAUACUGAAUCUGAAAAGAAAGCUGCCCUGGAUCGGCCUAGCCAGAUGGCUCACCCCAUCGCUGAACGUCUGGACAUCCUCCUGUCCUUGCUUCUGUCCUACAUUAAGGAUGUCUGCCAUGUAGAUGGUAAGAUUGACAACAAUAAAACAAAGGAAUUAUACCGUGAUCUGAUAUCCAUCUUUGACAAACUCCUGUUGCCCACACAUGCUUCCUGUCAUGUACAGUUCUUCAUGUUUUUCCUUUGCAGCUUCAAGUUGGGAUUUGCAGAAGCAUUUUUGGAACAUCUCUGGAAAAAGUUACAGGAUCCAAAUAACCCCGCCAUCAUCAGGCAAGCUGCUGCGAAUUACAUUGGGAGCUUUUUGGCAAGAGCUAAAUUUAUUCCUCUUAUCACUGUAAAGUCAUGCCUGGAUCUUUUAGUUAACUGGUUGCACAUGUAUCUUAAUAACCAGGAUUCAGGAACAAAGGCUUUUUGUGAUGUUGCACUCCAUGGACCAUUUUAUUCAGCCUGCCAAGCUGUGUUCUAUACUUUCGUUUUUAGACACAAGCAGCUUUUGAGUGGAAACUUGAAGGAAGGUUUACAGUAUCUUCAGAGUCUAAACUUUGAGCGUGUCGUACUGAGCCAGCUGAACCCUCUGAAGAUCUGCCUACCAUCAGUGGUUAAUUUUUUUGCUGCUGUCACAAAUAAGUACCAACUUGUGUUCUGCUACACCAUCAUGGAGAGGAACAAUCGUCAGAUGCUUCCUGUUAUUAGAAGUACAGCUGGUGGAGACUCUGUGCAGACCUGCACCAACCCACUGGACACGUUUUUUCCCUUUGACCCUUGUGUGCUUAAGAGGUCUAAGAAGUUUAUCGAUCCUAUUUAUCAAAUUUGGGAAGACAUGAGUGCUGAAGAGCUACAAGAAUAUAAGAAGCCUACUAAAAAGGAGCUAGUGGAAGACGAAGACGAUGACUUUUUGAAAGGUGAAGUGCCCCAGAUCGAUGCAGUAAUUGGCCUUACCCCAAGCUCCUUUGACACCCACUUUCGAAGUCCUUCCAGUAGUGUGGGCUCCCCACCUGUGCUGUACAUGCCAGACCAGUCCCCACUCAUCUCAAGGAUCUGUGAUUGAGCUCUACUGUUCUCCGCAGAGCCCAUGAGCCCCACCACUGAACUCUACAUUUGACUCUCUGUGCCUCAGAUGUCCAGCUUCCAUGUUGGACUUGGGCCAGUAUCUAAAGGGACCUAGGUUGUGUGUUUGCACUUUGCUUCCUGUGAACAGAAGGAAAAUCAACUGUCGUGUGUAUUAUUUCACAGUGGGCAUAGCAGUCAAUGCUGAUGCCUCUAGUGCUGGCUUAGUGUGGAGUAUCUGCCUGCAGCCUCUUUUGAUAGAACUGGUGGAUGCAUGCCACACCCUAGCAGAUGGCCUGUUAACAGGUUUCUUUUUAUCAGAACCUCAGUCACAUGACUUUGUUGGUCCUGUUUUGGUAAGAAAUCUUACAGGAUCAGUCCUGCUGUGAAUACUCUUUAACUGGAUCCUGCUUACAGUGGCAUACUGGUUUCCUUUUGACUAGAAGUAUAUUUGUGAUGUAAGAUAGAGGGAAAUGACAGGCAGGAGUGAAGGAGAGUUUGGGCUGGCUUCCCUGAUGGAACACAAAGGACUGCAGAGGGGCAAAGAAACCAGGGAGAAAGGGGAUUCAGAGAAACAGGAAAAGGCACUGGUGCAGGAGAGAGGAUCUGCCGUUAACAGUGCCGAUCAAGCAGCCUGGGUGUCUGAAAAGCAACUUAACACAUGUACAACAUGGACGCAGCCUGGAGAGCCAGUCUCAUCAUAAACAGCUGGUCCUCCUCCAUAGCAGGUAUGUGGUUAAGACUUCAGGUGUCCUUCCCUGGGAUCCUUACAUGUAAACUUUGUAAUUGUGAAAAUGGCUCUUUAAGUAUAUUUAAUUUUUUUGCCACUUAUAUUUAUUUAAAGGCAAGCAAUAUUUUCUUGGUCACAAUAUUUUCUAAUGGAAUUCUUCUCAAGGUUUAUAUACUCUUGUGUAAUGACACUGAUGCAAAUGCCCUCUGGAUUUCAGUCUACCUGUGUUAAUGCCUUUUUGAAACAAAGAAAUUGUUAUGCUAUAAAAAGCUUUCAAUACAAGGCAGGCAGAUCCUUGAGUUCCAGCCUUGGUGGAAAGUCACUAGGAAACCUCAAGGUUCCUUUUUAACUGCUGACAAAAAGAUGCAAAGAAAUUGCAUCCAUAGAUGCUGACAGGAUGUAAGGUUUGGGAAGUAUCUAGAAUGUAGAAGGUGUGUUGAUAAAUACUCCUUCUUACAAAGGGGCUUGAGAAACAAAUCCAUUGUGAAAAAUUAAAGAAUGGUGUAGCUCACCUGGAGCUUCCUACUCAUGUCAGUGAGGUCAAUGAGGGCUUUAAUAAAGACUCCCCACCAGGUUCCCAU